GAGAAGAUGACACUUGACAGGAGUACCGGUACUUGGCAUCUCCACAAGCGAGGUGGAGAGAGUAUAGCUGAUUCUGAUAGAGUAAAAUACUUCCAAGGGACUGCACCUGUACAACAAAUCGUUCUGCCACUGCCAGCUGAAACAAUUGCCGUUGUGUACAGUAGCUCCAGGCCAGGGUGUACGAAGGAACGUUUCUAAAAUAGUUUUUUUCUUUCUAAAAUAAUACGUUGACUUGACUUCCUUGUUUCAAAUAUUUCGACCCCCCCAGUAUGCCUCUUCCGAAACCCGACAUCUCCAAUGCGAAGGUUGAGCCGGUCGUGGACCAGAAGAUGAUGAUCGGCGAGGGCCCGCACUGGGACGAGCCCACGCAGACGCUGGUCUGGGUGGAUGUCUACCAAGGACUGGUCAUGAUCUACGACCCAGCAACAGGAGUGAACAAAGUAUUUGAUGCCAAGGAGCAGCUGACGAAACUGGGAGCGAAGGACGAUCGCCUAGCUGUGGGUGCCGUGAUACCAAUUGCUGGUCAGCCUGGAAAGCUGCUGCUCGCUACGGGUAACCACAUUGGAACGUUGGACACGUCAAGUGGUGAAAUUGAAUUCAAGAGUGAAUUUUCAGAUGGUACUGACGACACACACUUCAAUGAUGCCAAGUGUGAUCCUUCUGGUCGCCUCUGGGCUGGCUCAAUGAGUUCGGAAGCAAACGCUCAGGUGCGCGAUCCUGAAGCUGGCAAUCUGUAUUUGGUUGACAAAGGAUUUGCAUUGUCGAGCCCAAAGGACAGCAAGUUUGCUAUCGCCAAUGGCCUGGCGUGGUCAGCUGAUGAAAAGACAAUGUACUUCGUAGACUCUAUCCCCGGGGCCAUCUAUGCGUAUGACUAUGAUAACGCCAAUGGCACUAUCUCUAACAGGCGCACCAUGCUGGACACCACCGGUCUCGACAUUGGCUUUCCAGAUGGCAUGUGUAUUGAUAGUGUCGGUCGGCUGUGGGUGGCUGGAUACGCUAGCUCAGGAGUGCACUGCAUCGACCCGACUGCUCCUGAUCAAGCUCCGCUGACGAUCAAGAUACCGAAUGCCAAGUGUGUGACGUCAUGCUGCUUUGGUGGAAAGAACCUGGACGAACUGUACGUCACAACUGGCGGUCGAGAUGAUGACGAUGUACAUGCUGGCAAGCUGCACCGCAUCACAAACCUUGGCGCUACAGGCUUUGCUGGUCAGCCUUACAUCGCCUAGAUCCGACCCUCUGUCCCAACAUUGCACCUGCAACCAAGCAAUACAAGCUGUGUACAACUAGUAGCAGCUCCAGGAAGCUUUUCAUUGAUUCCACUGGACUGCAACGUGUGGGCGUAUUCCUCGUGGAAGUAGUUCGGGUUUCAUUUUAUUUUAUUCCCGUAGCUAUGCAGAAGACGUUACUUCAGUAUCGUCUGGCGCUAGCCAGGGUUCACACAGCUUUAAUUUGGUGUUUGUUUGUUUGUUGCGGACGGACCUCCAUCUGGCGCUAUCCCGUAUCUGUCCCGUACCGUACCAUCAAAGACAGCUGGCCACAAACAGCUGGCCACAAUAUUCAACGCAUAUUCAAAUAGGGCUUUCAAAUGCAAGAUCAUAACGUGAAGCAACUUGGAAGAAUGAGUAUGAAUGCGAAGUGUAUCGGGUAAUGCAUGUAGGGCGAUUGUGCGGGUUCGAAUCCCAGGUUAUGUCUUAAAAAAUAGGAGAAAUGAAAAAUUUCCUAAGCUUUUUUUGCCUAGGUCAUCAAAGCAAAAAAGCAUAGCGUAGGGCCCUGAGCUUCCAAGCUCUCUCGUCACACACUAUGUCUUUUAGGAUCGCAAAGAACUUUGUCUAUUUUAUUUCUAAACUUCACUUCUCAAUUUUAUUUCUUUUAUAAGAAAUCAAAUGUUAUGCUUUCCCUCGGUAGAUUACCAUGUCAUUUCAAGCUGGUCUUGGCCACUAACUAUUGUUAUUCUAAACUCUUUUUUUUAAGGCUAUUCAUACUACGGUACAAUACGCAUCACGUUUUGGAAUACGACGUACUGGCAGACGUCGUUUUCAUGCAGUUCACACAGGCCAGCACACGCUGCUCGUACAGCUGUGUGUACAGCUUCUUUUGGACACAAACUGCUGGGAACGACAGAACGAAACUCGGUACAGGGGUCUGGAUACGUCGUCUACGUUUUCGUAUCAGGGGUACGAUUUUCACACCACGUUCCAUGUUGUCAUGGCUAUCCGGACGAAAACGUCACGUACACCACGUUCUGGGCGUAGUGUGAAUGGCCCAUUAAGGGAUUUCUCAUCCUGUCAUCUUUUCUGCAUUGGCACCUGCUGAUUCUCUCUGCUCUGACGUUGUUGUGUUAGUUUCUAUGUCUGAAAGCCCAUUCACAAUACUCAUUCUGCACUCUUCACUUCACAUACACUUAAAUC